AGCCGCGCCGAGCACGGUACGCGGCCGACCGUUGGCCAGGGACGGGGUCGUGCAGACGCGCAGUGACCUAGCCGCCUCACGAGCGGCCGCAGCCGGCGACGGACAGCGCCGGCCCCGGUGGACGGAGGUGGACGGCCUGUGGGCGGCGUGGACGAGGUGGUACCCUGGGUGGCAGACGCCGUCGGCAGGCCGCCGCGGGGCGGACCGGCGCAGGCGAGAUGUCGCUGCUGAUGGCCAGCGGCGGCCUGAUGGGCGUGGUGCCGUCCGCCAGCGCCAUCCCCACGCAUGUGACGGCCGGUGGCACGCGGCUCGAGCCUCGCCGACGCGACAGUGGCGACUCGGAGCCGCGCUCCAGCUCCAGCGCCGGCAGCGCCGCCGGCGCCGACGACCACUCGCCCAAUAAGAUCUUCGUGGGCGGCAUCAGCUUCCAGACGACGCCCGAGAAGCUGCGGGCGUACUUUGCACCGUAUGGGACUAUUCUGGACGUGAUGGUGCUGAAAGAUCCGGCGACUAACAGGAACCGGGGCUUCGGCUUCGUCACGUUUGCUGACCUGGAGUCGGUAAAUAAGGUGCUGAGCCAGGAGGAGCACAUGCUGGACGGCAAGAAGAUCGACCCAAAGCUGGCCACGCCCAAGGGGCAGAAGACGGUGGGUGAACUGCUGAUCCCGCGCAAGGUGUUCGUCGGCGGCGUCAGCCAGGAGACCAGCUCGCAAGAGCUGCUCGAGUACUUCUCGCAGUUCGGCAAGGUGCUCGAGUGCUCGCUGCAGAUGGACAACAACACGAAGCGACACCGGGGCUUCGCGUUCGUCACGUUCGAGAACGAAGACCACAGCGCUCGCGUCGUCAAGAAGCACCACCACGUGGUCAAAAGCAAAACGGUAGAGUGCAAAUACGCUCAACCGAAGGAGACGAUCCAGGCGACGGAGCGUGCCAAGAGGGCGCAGCUGAUGUCGGUGAUGCAGUCAGCAGUCGCGUCCGGGCCGCUAGCGGCCGCGGCGCAGGUGCAGCAGCACUACUCGCGCGUGAUGUCGGCCGCCGGCGGGCCCGCCUUCUCGGGCCUCUCCAGCUUCCGGUACUCCCCGUACUCGCUGCCGAUGGCGGCGGCGCAGCAGCAGCUGGCGGCCAUGCCGGCGCCAAUGACGCCCGCCAGCUCGGCCGCCUUCCAAGGGCAGGGACUGUCUGCCCUUCAGGGUUUGCAGACGCUGCAGCCGGCCGCCGCGCCCUACCAGUUCGCCAACAUCGACGUGUCGAGUCUGCAGGGCCUGGACUGGGGCGGCGCGCCGCUCUACGGCAUGUACACGACUUAGGGGGCGCUCCGGCGGCCACCGGGCGCCCGCCAGGCCGGCGCCGCCGGCCCGGGCCAGGUGUCUUUCACAGACCGGUCGCGGUGAUGGCGCCUGAGACGCGGACUGACGACUUGCUCAUCCAUUACCCACCCCCGCCGAGCGAGGAGCGGUGCCAUACGGAACGUAGUAUCAGUUCUCAGGGUUUUAAGUUGUUCACUGUGACGCUUCUCUGGGUUUUCAGACAGCGGGCCCAACGCAUCGGGCUGGUGCCUGCUUAGAUCUCGCGUAGACCCAUUCAGUAGUACAACACAUCGUUCAUUCACAUACCACCCGUCAUCCCAACGGCCCCGUAAUACGUUCGAUGAAGUGUGUAUGCGCGUGUGUGAAUGCACGAAAGCGCUGCGUCGCGGCGCAGAGCUUAAGUGUGAAUGGGGUGUGCGUCAUCAACAGGUCUUCCAGUUUCAACUGCGCACGCUUUUCUGCGGGUCCCUGCUGACCCACCUUACUCUGAAGCCGGGAUGGUACUUCCACCUUGCGCCGCGCGGUGACAACCAACCGGCGCACAGUCACACACUCACGGCAGGUAAUCUCAGCAUAUCAGGCUACGGUCCGACUUCAGACGCUUCAGUAAUAACCAUGGCAAUAACCUUCACCGUUGUUCGAAUUUCUCGCGAGGCGUCCUUGCUCGAGCUGUGCCGCUUUGGUUUUUCCUGUUCCCGCCGCGAGCUGCGCGAUCUUCCGACCGCGACCCCCUUUGUGCGGUCGCGGCUAUGUCGGUUCUUCCGCGGCUCCCUGGCACGGCUUCGGGAGGCUCGCUGCGCCUUGUUCCCGCCCUCGGUGCCAAACUCCGACCGUCGUCUCCUCGCGGUACCUCCGUUUCUUCGCGGCUCCUAGCGGUAAGGUGAGAGGUGUCGGAGCAGCCGGCAGCCUGGAGCGAUCCGAGGCUACCUUUCAGCUGACGAGAGUGCCGGCCCCGCCGCGGGCAUGACUGUCGCGGCGGGUGACCGGACCCGGUGAGCCCGCCUGCAGCGGUACCUGAGUUGCCAGACUGGUGUCCUCGGUGCGGGAGCACCCUGAGAUGUGGCUCCUCUUGACGAGUGCCUGCUCCGUCUCUAGUGUAAACUGGCCUCGGCCGGUGACCCUGACCUCACGCCGUGACCUCUGGUUGACGGUGGACCGCCGGUGAUGGCCGUGUCCACCAGCAGCGCCGUUUUUUCCUGUAUCUCUGUGCCCGUCACCUGUCGGCCUGUACACGCUGGUUAGUCCGACGUUGUGAGUGUUGUAGAGACUAGCCGGCCGCUUCGUAAAUAGUGGCUAGGACGCGACCGUAGGCUGCGCUGCACCCUGCGUGGCGUGGUUCACCUUGACUCCGCGUACGCCCGUGGCAGCACCCGUGGUAGCAGCUGGCGGGCUGCACGCUCGUCUAUUGGUCCCGAGCCCUCUAGCCAACCCACGAAUAAACGUAGCCAGC